UAUUAUAUAUUCAUACCGCGUUCGAGUUGAGGCGCGCCGUGGUCGUUUACUUCUAAAGUUCUGUGACUGAGGGUUUUAGGGAGUAACCAGAGAGCGCGGCAACAGUUUCUCCAUCGAACAUCAAUGGCGGACGAUGAUUACAAUGACCUCGACAUGGGAUAUGACGAUGAGCCACCAGAACCAGAAUUGGAGGAAGGUGCUGAAGAAGAAUUGGAUAAUAAUAACAAUGAUGAUGUUCCUGGUGAACCUGUUGAAGCAGAGGAAAAGGAAGAUGAAGAACCUGUUGAACGUGUGCGUAAAACCUCAAAAUUUAUGACAAAAUAUGAACGUGCUAGAAUUUUGGGUACACGUGCCCUCCAAAUCAGCAUGAAUGCUCCUGUGAUGGUUGAAUUGGAGGGCGAGACUGAUCCACUUGAGAUUGCAAUGAAGGAGCUUCGUGAGCGGAAGAUACCCUUCACCAUCCGUCGCUACCUGCCAGAUGGAAGUUAUGAAGACUGGGGCGUUGAUGAACUGAUUGUGGAGGACUCUUGGAAGAGGCAAGUUGGUGGCGCUUGACUGAUCUUUAGUUAGUUGUGUGGGCGUCACCAUAUGUGAGAUGAUAGUUAGAACUACAUAGCCAUUAGGUCACGGUGUUCCCAUUUAUGCAGCUUGUGAAAACACUACUGUUUUGUUGCAUAACUCUACUCUAUAAUAUAUUGGAAAGGAAUCACUAUUGACAAACACCUAUUUAUGACUAUAAACCAUGCCAUUAACACUGGAUAUUCUGUAA